CCUCGCUCCUCCUCUCGUGCUCUUUGUGGUCGAGGCUAGUUUUGUGCGCGCGGCCGGGUUUUAAAGGAAUAUCUACAGCCAGUGAAGAUGCAGGGAAACCGAGGAGGCCGUCCCGAUCAGCACAACCACGGCCCGGCGAGGCAGCAGCCGAACAUGCAGCACGACAGGAAGCCGCCGGGGACGGACAGCAACGGGCAGCACACGGACAGCGGCGAACAACCCAGCCCCAAUGCAGGUCUGACCAUCGACCUGACGAGCUUUAAGAAGCCCGGGGAAAAGACGUACACGCAGCGCAGCCGGCUGUUUGUGGGAAACCUCCCCGCCGGAACCUCCGAAGAAGAAGUGGAGAAGCUUUUUUCCAAAUAUGGCAAACCCUCCGAGAUCUUCAUCAACAAGGACAGAGGCUUUGGGUUCAUCCGCCUGGAAACCAAGACCCUCGCGGACAUCGCCAAAGCCGAGCUAGAUGACACAAUGUUCCGGGGCCGUCAGAUCCGUGUGCGUUUUGCCACCCACGGCGCCGCACUCUCAGUAAAGAACCUGCCCCAGUUCGUGUCCAAUGAGCUCCUGGAGGAGUCCUUCUCUAUGUUCGGCCCAAUCGAGCGCGCCAUCGUGAUCGUCGACGAUCGCGGCCGGCCCACAGGGAAGGGCAUCGUGGAGUUUGCAAACAAGCCGUCGGCCAGGAAAGCCCUGGACCGGUGCUCCGACGGCGCUUUCCUCCUCACCUCGUUUCCUCGGCCUGUGACGGUGGAGCCGAUGGAGCAGUUGGAUGAAGAUGAAGGACUUCCAGAGAGGAUCAUCAGCAAAAACCCACAAUACCACAAAGAGCGCGAGCAGCCCCCGCGCUUUGCCCAGCCCGGCUCGUUCGAGUACGAGUACGCCAUGCGCUGGAAGGGUCUGAUGGAGAUGGAGAAGCAGCAGUUCGAGCAGGUGGACAGGAACAUCAAGGAGGCGCAGGAGAAGCUGGAGCAGGAGAUGGAGGCGGCCAGACACGAGCACCAGGUCAUGCUAAUGAGGCAGGAUCUGUUGAGGAGGCAGGAGGAGCUGAGGCGUAUGGAGGAGGCGCACAACCAGGAGGUGCAGAAGAGGAAGCAGCUGGAGCUGCGUCAGGAGGAGGAGCGUCGCCGCAGAGACGAGGAGCUCAGGGCUCACACCGAGGAGCUGAUGAGGAGACAGCAAGGCGCCGGGGCGAACUUCGGCGAGAAGAGGGAGCAGGACAUGAGGAUGCACAUGGGAGGUCAAGGCCUUCCAAUGAACAGGACCUCAAUGGGGGGAAACCCCACACCAGGGGGAGCACCCAACAUGGCUGCCAAUGAGGGAGCUGGAGGAAACGCAGGUGGACUUCCUUUGCCGUUCCCGCGUCCUGGCCCGCCUGUCGAUUUCAAACGGCGCCGAUUCUGAGAGCCUGGGACACGCAUGAACAACUUUUUCUUUGUUUGUUUGGUUUUUUUUUGUUUAAUUUUUUUUUUGUUACACAUGCACAUACUGUACAAUAUUUUUAAGUCCAGACAAUGAAUUUAGUCUUUUCAUCACAUAGUCAUGUUUUAAAAAAACUGUGGAAAGUUUCUUUUAAGCUUAGAUGACAUCCUUAAUAUUUUCUUCUGAAGAUUGUGCCCUUUUGGGGUUUUGUAUAGAUCUUUUUUUUUUUUUUUUCAUAUUAAUGUGAUAAAUUCCUUCAUUCGUUAUUAUUUUUUUAUUCCAUAAUUUCACCCCCAUAAUGUUUUUUAUAUAGACAUAGUGAAUUCAGUUUUUUGUCUGAAGUACCUGCAUUUAUAAAAAUGGCUCACAAUAAAAAUUCGGGAUUCAGUGUUA